AUGCAGGCGGGAUUGUUAUCGGCCGCCAACACCGCCUCGAGGACAGCCGCUGCAGCCGCUGCCGCGGCCGCAGAGGCCGAAGGUGCAGAGGCCGAAGGUGGUCCCCGGCAGUCCGAGAAGGCCGAGGCCGUCAAGGACUUCCUCGAGACCCCGGAGGCCAAGGACCUGUGCAGUGCGCUCGUGAGCCUCCUGUGCUACAACAGCGGGGACGCAGAGUCGCGCAAGGAGGCUGCGCAGGACCUGCUGAUACAGACCAGGAAGCUCCUUGACCAACGGCAGCACACCUUCGAUGACACGAUCGAGAAGGAUGGCUCGCACACGCCCGCGCAGUCCAAGUCCACGCGCAACUGCGGCCAGAGGACUCCCGCAGGUGGAGAGGAAGACGAUCGGACGCCAACAAAAGACUCGCAGAGAGAAAGACACGAGGCCAACUCGGUCAGAGGCAUGAUCAGAAGGUGUUGCAGAUAUUUUGGAGAAAUGCCACGGUUUACCGCUCCAUCGGCUGGAUGCUUCCGAAAGCGAUUAUUUAUGUGCUUCGAAGACCAAGAGACGUCAAAGCUAUCGAAGCUAAUACUGGCAUUGCUGGUGCUCACGAUACUGGUGAGCACAGUGUCUUUCCUGAUGGAGUCCAUGCCGCAGUUCAGGCACAGGCCGAGCCGGUGCAGGGAGCUCCAGGAACUUAUGGAGCCGCUCACCGUGGAGGACUGCGAGCCGCGGCCAGACGCUUAUUUCUACGCAAUAGAGGCCGUCUGCAUCGGCAUCUUCACCGCUGACUAUCUGAUCAGAGUCUUUUUGUCGCACGCAGGCUUCGAGAAAUCGCAGUUCAAGUCCGCACUGGGACGCACCUGCGAUUAUCUGAGGCAGCCAAUGAACGUAGUCGAUUUCUUGGCCAUUCUCCCUUUCUAUGUCGACAUCGCCGUAGGCGACAGCAAGCCAUCCUUCAUAGCCGUGCUGCGACUGGCGCGCAUCCUCCGGAUAUUCAAGCUUGCAAAGCACCAUCCCGGUGUGAAGAUAUUUUGGGAGGUGUUGGUCAUGAGCGGCCAGCCCCUGUUCGUGCUUACGUUCCUGAAUGUCGCUGGGGAGGGCGCGUUCCUUGAGAUCCGGACGCUGCAAUUUUCGAGUAACGGGAAGACCGCAUCCAUGUAA